AUGUCUCAUAUACCUGGGUUGGAACCUGAAUACUUUGUCCAUCAAUUGCCACCAGAUCUUCAAACCAAAGUAACAUCUCGCAACACACCUUCUCACUUGAUUCACAAAUUACAUGCAAAAGAAAUUUCUUUACUUGAGGAGGUACAGGAAUUCCUUGGUAAUAAAGUAGAAGAGUUCAAAUAUUUUGCUGAAUCUCUUUUUUCUUCAGUCAGCAAUACCAACGACAUUUUAUUUAGUCCUACCAUAUCAUUUACAGAAACGGCACACAAUCCGAUGGGCGAAAUUUUUUAUGAUAAUUAUGAUGAAGAUUCUAUUCCUUUAGCGAAAACUUGUUCCCAACUAUCAUAUACUUAUGAGCCCCCAAGUCCUGCUACAAUGCCAUUAAAGCCAUCAUUAAAGGCAACGAAAGAAAUCACAUGUGAAACAUCUGAAUUAAAAAAGAAAAAAGUUAUGUUUUCUGAUAAUUGCCAGGUUGCUAUUGUUCCUUCAAUUUCAGAUCUAGAUUUUCAUCAAUCACCUCCUGACAGCCCGUUUCAAACAAUUGGUGAAAUUUUUGGUCAUGGUAAAGGUGAUUCGAUAACUGAAAGUUUUUUGGAUUUAGAUGAAAUGAAAAAAACAAAUCAAAACUCUGUCACUCAAAAAGUCUAUUCGGGGAAUAGUUUUAAUCAUCAUAAUUUAUCAUCCUCACCUUCUUCAUAUCUGUCGCCGCCUAUACCCUCAUCGCCUGCGGCACCUUCAUCACCCACUAAUCCAUCCCCAUUACAUACGGAGGCUAUUCUUGGAGCAACAGAUGAAGAUAAAGUUAGUCAUAAUGGAUUUUUUUAUAACAAUGAGGAAGAAUACGAUGAUAUUGACGGAAUAUAUUUACAUGAUCAUAAAUUUACUGGAUUUUCACCUUCUAAAAAGAAAAAUUCAAAUAAGGAUUCAUAUAGUGGAAGUUUUUCCAAUGAAAAAGAGAAAACAGCAGAUCAGUCAAAUGCUAUAAAGCCGAAUUAUAGUUUGAGAGUACCUAAGUUGAUUAAUACUAAUCAGAGUCAUCUUUCUUUCCACAAUAUACAAGAUGAUCCCUCCAUUCAAAACAUAGACUGUGCGGCAGAAAAAAUAGAGGAAAAUGCUGUUAAACAAUUAUUACCUCAAUGCUUGACAACACCAGUCGAGCUUUCAAAUGAUUUAAAUACCAGAAAUGCUGCACUAAGCAAAUUUGCUUCUUUGAUUGAAAAUGACAAAAAUACUGACAACAAAAAUUAUUGUGAUGUUGAUCUCAGAUAUAAUAGUUACAUUUCUAAAACUAAUGACGUUCAACCUACUUAUUCAACUAAUUCGAAUCCCAUAUUGAGUCAGAAUAAUGAUCAUACACCGUCUUAUAUACAACGUUCGAAUAAUAAAUCUUUUACAUCAAAUAUUCAUUAUGAAAGCUCAAGCACAAAUGAAAACAUCUCAAAUAAAGAGAAUAGUGAGAGUAAAUCGAAUGAAACAUUAAACAAUCAAUUUGACACCAAAGGUAGAGAUGUUGACAACUUUUCAAGUAAUGACACUAUCAAUAAAAACAACAAAAUAAAUGAUUUAGAUGUUGGUGUGGUUGAUAGCAGAGAUAAAAACAAAGAACAUAUAAAAGAAAAAAGUGAUGACCAUGAUGAUAAUGAUAACGACAACAAUAACGAUGAUGAUGAUGAUGAUGAUGAUGAUGAUGAUGAUGAUGAUGAUGUUUUUCAAUUUGAUGAGGCGCCUAGUAUAUCGCCUUCCAAUUACUACUUUGCUUUUACUGAUUCGCUAGGGAUUCCUGAUGAAGAUAUUUCGAUGUAUGCAUCUCCAGGAUCUGCGGUACAGCAUCUUCCUCAAAGAGGAAUGGAUCCUGGAUCUAUGAGCUUUUCACAGCGCCUUACUCUCGAAAGAUGGAACAGCAAGCGAGAUCACUAA